GAGGACGUACAAAAUUAACGAAGGAUUGAUAGUAGUGUGAGAUGGUGGUUGGUUGACAAUCGUGGCAUCGAUGGAUUACCACACAAGACGUAGAUUGGGCUUCAAUUUUAAGGCUUUGAAAGUUGCUAUAGAUAUAAAAGAGUCGUCCUUCUCGAAUCGACCUUUGCAGUAACCUUCUUCAUAUACCAUUAAAACAUUCUUCCUUUGGACUAUCAUACAAUUAUCAACCCAUUCAGCAAUUCACUGAAUAACUGCACCUCGGAUAAUUUAAUCUGUUAUAUUGAACAUAAAAUCACGCGCCUUCAAUCGUCUUCUCUGCCACCGACCGCAUCUCUAAAGUCAAAAGGAUCCACAUCAUAAUACCACACGACACCAGUACAUCAGUGCUUAAACAAAAAGUUCAACAACUAUAUUCAACAUUAAAACUCAUCUAUAAUUCUCAUUUCCAACACAAAAACAGCCCACUACAGCAAAGAUGGCCACUAUCGACGUAAGCUAUCAACCAGGAACUCCUGAGCCAAACUUGUUCCCUAAGGUGGCAAACUACACUUCUUCCAGAGCAACUCAAGACAGCCUCAAAAGAUCCUUCGCCAAGUAUCUAGCCUCCGAACAAAGUGCACCAGCUGUUGGAAAGCUUUUCAAGCCUGAGAAUCAUCUUCAAUAUGAAGAGCCUAGCUAUAUCCACACAAUGGAAGAGAUUGGGUACUCUGCCACCUCUGGUGUUUCCCCCGUCGCUGUCUCUGAGCCCUUUCGCCUUUUUAGCGAGGAAGCUGUCAAUGUCAUGAGGGAAGAGAUUUUCGCCAAGGAAGUCCAAGAGAAGUAUAGCUAUACCUCAGAUAUCGCACCCAAACAACUCCGUGGCUACGCUCCCGAUCACGGCAAAUUCAUCUACGAGGCCUGGAAACACCCUGAAACUCUCGCAAUAAUCUCUAAGAUUGCGGGUGUAGAUCUUGUUCCUGUUAUGGACUAUGAAAUUGGCCAUGUCAACUUGUCUGUCCCAGGAAAUAGACGUAACCAUGAUAGCAGUGCUUUAAUAAGCGAGGAUGAUGAGAAGCCCAUUGUUGGCUGGCACAGAGACAGUUAUCCAUUCGUUUGUGUUCUCAUGAUGAGCGACACAACAGGAAUGGUGGGUGGCGAGACUGCUUUGAGAACUGGCUUUGGUGAUAUCAAGAAAGUCCGCGGCCCAUCAAAGGGAUGCGCUGUGGUUUUGCAAGGUCGCUACAUUGAUCACCAAGCACUGCAAGCAUUUGGUGGACAAGAGAGAGUCACCAUGGUAACCUCCUUCCGUCCACGAUCCCCACGUGUCCGUGACGACACCGUCCUCACUACUGUCCGACCCAUCUCUAAUCUUUCCGAUUUGUAUGGACAAACGGUCGAAUAUCAAUUGGAGAAUGCCGAAGCUCGCAUCAGAAUCAUGCUCAAGGAACUUCGCGAUUCCAUGAAAGCCGGUGCUACCAACGCCAAAGCCAUCAAAAACUUCCUUGAUUUCGAAAUCAGCCAACUUACUCAUCUCAACGGGGAAAUCGUCGAGGAAUCACUUGUCAAGGCAGGAGAGCUGGGAGAGAUCUGCGCUGAAGCUGCGAAUCCCAACAAGAAAGCCAGAGCUGAAUGAAUGAUGGACACGGCCAGCUAGACUUUUUAUGACUUGACACGAAUUUCUUUUGUUUUUAUUCCCUCUUUAGCGCCGAUCGUUUGAAGGCAGAUAUUUCGUCUGGAUCUUUGAUUGAAGUUGAAAAUAGCGUGCUGAAUGCAGAUCAGAUAGGCUCUUUUAAUCUGGAGCUUGCUCCAUAGUCUUGGGCUUCGAAUCUUAGGUUCCGUCCCUUUCUUGCUAGUACAAUGCAAUGGCACUUGUUAACUUUUGAUGGUUUGCUUCUUGAUUUGAUUGUUGGUAUUGUUUACUUGAUGAAUAUGCAUUGCAUGUACCGGAAAUCCUUGGGCGGGGUUGUAAAUCUAUGGUGGGGGAUUUCGAGAGAUAGAUAGGUAUUGGAUGACCCGAUGGUUGGUUGGUCGGAUGUGUGCCACGUAGUACCACUUCACAGUUGAAAAAGCUAAUGCAAUGUUGAGAUGAAGUCUGUGGGGGCUUCUCUUGGAUGUAGUGAGAUGAAUGAGGGGAUUUAUAUUUUGAUUGUCCUAUACGGUCGCUUGGAAAACACGGAUUAGAUCGAGUCGAGAUUUCCGUACUGCAGUAGAUCCCGGGCAAAGAGAAUAAUUUAGCCAUUGUUCAAGUAGAUAUAACUUAUAGGCGGUUGUAAACUCCUACAAAUUUAAGAACACUAUCUAUAAGAAGCCCUAUCAAUGGCUUCAAAUACAUCCGGUUUUUA